GACGCAGCGGCAGGACUUCAAUUAAUGCAACAAACCGAAUACAACAGUUAAAUAGUCGGUCGCAGAGGCGACCGACACUUCUCCACAACCUAAAGGGAGGCACAUGACAUUUCGUGUUUUUGAACACAGCCGGCUUGAUCUUGAUAGGGAAAAGGACGGGACGGCAACACCGCACGCAGACGCAGUUUCCUUCGAGUAAAACAUGGUGGAUGUUUGUAUGAAUUUUGUAAAUUGUGUUCGGCGUCCCAAGUUCCAUGAAACGUUGGCCGUUUGAAUUAUACUUGGAAGAGUGGUUUUUAUGUGGUUUGAGUGGAGGCGUCCACGGUUGUGGCUUGUGCACUCUUUGAGUGAACUCUUUUCCGUGCACCACUUGAUUUUCUUCAUAAACCAGCUAGCGCCAAUGAAUAUUUUCUGCAACUUUUCUAUCACAAAUGUGAACGCCCUAUCUUCUGAGAACUUGUACCGAACUACACUUUUGUGAUGAUCUAGUAGCGGAAUCAUGUCCACCUUCAACGACCAGGGAUUUGAGAAAAAGCUUCUAGGGCUGAAAGACUCACAAGAGAGUAUAUCUACCUUAUCUGACUGGUGCCUUCAAAAUAGACAACAUCACAAAAAAAUAGUUGCUACAUGGUUAAGUGUUUUAAAAAAAGUUCGAGUUGAAAAUCGUCUCACUUUGUUUUACCUUGCUAAUGAUGUCGUCCAGUACAGCAAGAGAAAAAACUAUGACUUUGUGGAGAGUUGGGGUACUGCAUUACAAAAAGCUACAACCAUGGUUCGGCAUGAUAAAGUUAUUGACCGAAUCAUGCGCAUCUUCAAAAUUUGGGGUGAACGGAAUGUAUACAGUGAAGAGUUUCUUACUGAUCUUCGUGGCCUACUAACUGCAAAGAAAGCGACUCCUGCUACUCCUCAAGCAGCAGCGAAGCAGCCUGAGCAGCAAACAGCUUCAACAUCCACAACAUCAGGAGAAUUUCAUCAAUCCAUUCUUUUUACAAGGAUCAACAAAUGCAAAGAGUUGGAGGAUGACACUGAUCUCAAACUUAAAGUAGUAAAUGACUGCAAAUUAAUAAACUUAAAUGAUUUGGAUGCCUUUCGGGCCAUGCUUAAAGAUCGAAAACAUGCGGAUGGGGUGGCUGGAGAUCUAGACCAGGCAGUUAAGCAGGUGGAAAAUUAUACUAAAGCCUUGGAAGUUGAAAUUCUAGAAAGGAAGGCUGUAAUUGAUCUUCUUCAGCAAGCCACAAAAUUUUAUGAAAAUGAAAAAGCGGAUGCCAAAACCGUAUUUAAUGCAUAUAGAAAUUUUGGCAGCCGUGUUAAGUCUUUGAAAAGAAAACUAGAUGAACUCAUUCCAACUCUAUCAAGUCCGGUUCCAUCUCCUGAUGUGAAUGCUCCAUCACCAUCCCCAGAUCUGGAUCUUGAUCUUCCCAACGAUGAGGAUCUAUCAGCAAAACCAGCUCCGAAUACGAAAAGAGGACCCAGCUUUAAUCAAAGUGCUGAUAUGGAGAAUAUGCCGUUUUCAAGCUUUAUGGGAAGUGGUAGCCUUCCCUUUGACAUUCAGAGUAAUCUAUUCAGUGAUGAUGGGGGCAACCGUGCUAACGUUUCUAUUACUUCUGAAGGAGAACCUGAGGGCAAACCUAUUGAAGUUAUUGGCCGAAGGAAAGGGGAAGAUAACUUUGACAUAACAAAUUUCUUAAAGACCUUGGCGCAAGGAUCACCCAGCACUCAAAAGCCAAACGCCAAUGCCCCUGCCUCUGCUUUGAUUCCUGGACUUGGAGAUCCCCUGCCUGUGCCCCCGCCAACCAUUCCUAGCGACUAUCCUUUGCCCUCGUCUUCUCCCUCUUCUGUACCUGUGCCUCCUCCGCCCAUGCCACCAAUGUUUGACACUUACUCGCAAGACAGUCGAGACAGAGAGGAUGCAUGGAAUACAUCGUUGCCUGCCAAGUUUCCAACAUGGCGAGAUGCCCAAAAUGCUAACUGGGCCAGAGGUGAUUCUGAUGCCCAAGAUGGUGGGGAGUGGAUGCCUGCACUACCUGUACCCAAGGAAUCACCUCCUAAUUUUGAAAAAGAAUCAUUCCGGGAACCUGUUGAAUACGAUGAUACAGGUACUUCUAGAAAGUCCUCCGUUAGCUCCGAUGUUGACCACCGAUCGUAUUUGAGCCAUUCUACGUCACCCAAAGAUGUCGAUCAUCGAGUUUUAAACAACCGCUUCAAAAAGGAUGUGGAUCAUCGCAAUCUCAUCAGUCUGACUGGCUCUCCAAGAGAACUUCAACCUCCUCCCUUACCACCAAACUUGUGGGGUGAUGUGGACCAGGACUACCGCUUGCCAAGGCAGCAGCCUCGGCCCGGGGACAACGUAGAAAGUGUUGACAUGGAAAUGAGUGAUGAGGAGGAAAUAGAGCGGCAACAAGAGAAGGGUAGAUCAAGGGAGGAGUCUCCAACUAAACGGACAAGUGUGGAGUCUCCUUUGAAGGACAGAGAAGACACAGCAAAGCCCAAGAGCCCUCAUCCUUUGGCUGGUUCCAAGAUCAUUUCUCAGCGUUUCAAUGUGCCUCCUCCCAUGUCAAGGCCGCCAUUUCCACCGCCACCACGUCCUCUCUUUCCUGAAGGACAAUUACCGCCCAACAGGUUUGACUCGCCUGGUUUGAGUUCUGAUUUUGGUAACUUCAAUAAUGUAAACAGAUUUUCUAUGCCACCUAUUCCUCCUCCCCCAGCCCUGCCUCUCACAGGCCCUCCUCCUGGGAUGCCUAUGAGAAUGCGCCACCCCAGCAUGAAUUUGUUACCGAAUAUCCUUCCGCCUGCCCCUUUAUUAGCAAUUCAGACCAGGUCUCCAGGGCCAGUGUCCUUGGCACACAGGUCGCUGGAAAUGUCUCCCCCUACAGCAAUGCCCGCUUCAAACACUCAAGCUACUCCUGUUGGACUGCACUCCUCCGGACCAGAAGAAUCUGACACUGAUUCAAUUGGUCAGUACCUCAACAUGGGGCUGUCGGACGAUGAAGAAAUAAAAGAAAUGGUUGAAAGUAUGGACCCUCAACUGUUGCAAGAAGUGGUUGAUGGAAUCAACAUUGGCAACGGCUCGGACAAGAUAGAUCUCAGUUCAUUUAUACCGAACAAUGGUGACUCGGAAGACAAUGAAAAUGACUGGAAUGGCCAGAGUGACUUUGAGCCGAGCAUGCGGGGAGUCGCUAUGCCGGCCGGCAUCCGACCGUGGAAGCCGCGGCAGGUCGGCCAAGGCGUUCCCGGCCAAGGCGUUCCCGGCACCCCGCCCGGGCCGCCCGCCUUGGCGCUGGGCCUGGUGCACGCGGUGCACACCCCCCCUCCCAUGUCCCCCGCAGCCGCAGCCGGUCGCUUGAGGGGCCACCCGGGCCAUCCGGGCCAUCCGGGCCACCCGCCCAACUGGCGGUCGCCCCCGAUGCACGACAGGGCGCAUGCAGGCGGCAUGUCCAGAGGGAGAGUCUGGAACUACAGACAGCUCCGAGGCAGAGGGUCCCCUGGUCCCAGACAGCCAUUUGGCGGCAACUGGAAAAAUUAUAUGGCAGGCUGCAAUAGUGAUUAUUUUGAUUUAGACACCAGCAUCACAGCUUGCUUUAAGCAAGCUUUGUUAUGA